AUGAAUAUGUUGUUUCUACUGUUUAUCUUAAGUCAAGCACAACUCGAAUUGGUCAACAUAUUUGUUGGUACGGAGAACAAGUUGGAUGAAGUCAGUAAUGGCAAUGUCUAUCCAUGUAUAGGGAUUCCUUAUGGUAAGCAGUGUGUAACAUUUCAAACGGAAUACUUUACACGACCAGAAAUCUUCAAUUACAAAACACGGUCGUUUUAUGGGUUUAAAAUUACACACCAGCCAAGUCCAUGGAUUAAAGAUUAUAAUUCUGUGCUCUUUACUCCAACAUUAAAUGGAUCGUUUUAUAACUCAGUAUACAGUUCGGCGUAUUUCGUGAAAAGAGCACAACCAAAUUAUGCGGAAAUAUACGUUGGUGGAGUGUUGACAAAAGUCACUGCAAAUCGACAUAACGCGGUGUUCACUUUUUAUACAUCGCGGGAAACGACGAUGUAUCUGUAUUUUCCAAUUAUUGAAGGAGAGUAUUUGCUCCAACACAAAAGCGACCGAACACUCCAUUUAAAACUGAGAAAUGGAAACGCCCCAAAGAACUACUACUUGUAUGCAACACUCCAUUUCUCAAACGAUAUUUUGUCAUUUGAGUGUAUUUCAGGUAAAGUGUAUGUUCAAUCAUUUGAAGUUCCAAAGUCCAACAAUCAGAUGCAAAACUACUGUCGACUCGCAAUAAGUCCAAAUGUCACAAUGACUGUGUCCACGAGUUUUCUUUCCCAUAAAAUGUCCGAUUUUCUCCUUGACAACUCGAGUUUUGAGUAUGUGCAGAUGCAAUCAGAAAAGUUGUGGCAAAGUCAGUUCGACAAAGUAAAAAUUGUGACAUCCAAUAUAACUCGGAAGAGUACAUUUUACACCAAUUUAUAUCGCACUAUGGUCUUUCCUCAUGAAAUCAGUGAGGGGAACAUCUAUCAGUCACCAAUCGAUUUAAAAGUACACACCGGAAAAUUUUAUAACGACUUUGGCUAUUGGGACGUCGCGCGUGGGUCAUUUCCAUUGAUCACUUUGCUUAACACGGAAAUAGCUCGAGGGAUGCUAGAGAGCACACUUUCUAUAUUUGAACAAAGUGGGAAUCUGCCGCAGUGGAUGUCUCCGGAUAAGCGGGAGUGUAUGGUAGGCAAUUAUGCGGAUUGCGCCAUUGCGGAUGGCAUCUGCAAAAACAUCAUUUCAAAGGACAAUGGUUGUGCAGAGAGUUAUUUGAAAGCAAUGGCGAGCGACAAGAAGCAAGAGAGGAACAAUGCGGUAGGUCGCGAUGGGGGUGAUUUUUUCAAGCAAUUUGGAUAUGUCGAGGAUCGGUUUUCUGGGAGUGUAUCGAAAACGCUUGAUUACAGAUACAGCGAUUUUUGCAUAUCACGAGCGAUUGAAUGUACACAUCGCAAUAUGACAAUCGAAGAGAAAAAGGCGAACAGACAAAGAGCGAUCCUUUAUAGUGUGUUGUACGACUUUGAAACAAAAGAAUUUCGAGGGAAAAACAUAUACGGGGAGUUCACGAGCCACGAUGGAUAUCGAUGGGGCGAUCCCUUUGUGGAGGGGGGGCCUAAACAGUAUUUAUUUAGUGUACCACACGAUAUCAUCGGAUUGAAUUCUCUGUUUGGAGGAAACAAGGAAAAGCGGAUUGAAAGUUUGGUGAAAGAUACGUCAUAUUUCAGGCUUGGGAGUUAUCAAAUACUUAUACACGAGAUGGUAGAAAUGGCGAGAAACAAGAUGGGGCAGUACACCCAUGGAAAUGAACAGAUGCACCAUGUAUUGUAUGUUAAAGAAAACAAAGAAAAGUUGCUUCGAAAAGUACUCACAGAAUUAUAUGACAACACUACACAAGGCUUUUGUGGGGAUGAGGACAAUGGGCAAAUGUCGUCGUGGUACGUUUUAAGUUCAUUAGGGUUCUAUCCUGUGACACUCAGUACAAACCAGUUCGUUAUCGGGUCGCCUUUAUUCGACAAAGCAACCGUCACAUUGAAUGACAAAGUGCUUGAAAUCGACGCACGAAAUAAUUCCGACAUAAACGUGUAUGUUGACAAAAUCGAGGUGAAUGGCACAAGAUACACAAAAACGUAUUUUGAGUAUGAUUUACUCAUGGGCGGUGGGAGUAUUACAUUUUACAUGAGAGACUCUUUCAAACGUAGAAAACUGAUUGAAAGUGAUAAAAUGUAUUCAGUGCAACGUGAUAGUGAAACAACACCACUUAAAACAGUGAGUAAAUUAAGGAAUAUGUUAUGGUAA